CCCACUUGCAGAUUGUGUGAUAAAUGGGUUGUAGUGAAGGACUGUAACAAAAUAUUUUCUUUGAAAUUUUUUAUUUAAGAGCUAAGUCUUGCGGUCUGUUGGUUUGAAUACAGGUGAUAGUUUCUAAGGAUUUAACAGUUUAAACUAGUGUUAUAGUGAUUAACGCAAGGAACAAUCAGAUCGACUUAACAAAAUUAUAUAGGCCUGGGUGACUGCAAUAAUACUGUGAAACUGGACAUUUAUUGCAAAGAGAUAAAUAAACUGGAAGUAACAAGGAAAACUUGUGAUGGAGACAGUCGUAAGGAUGGGACAUAAUUUUGGAACUACUUUGUGAAUCAUGUGAUAUCAAACUACAACAACUAGAUACUAUAAAUUUAGUUCAUAGUGUCACAUAAUAGUGACUAUUGUAUCCAAGCUGGCAAUUUCCAAAAUCACUGGAUUAAAUUUGUGUUCAACCAACAAAUAAGGAUUACAAAGGUCAUGGCAGACAAACAAAAGAUGGUGUUUAAUUUUCUUAAGCAGGCAAUUGUGAUAAUCACGUAAAAUAUAAACAGUCUUGACUCUAUAUUUAAAAAAAUAUAAAUUAAUAACACUUAUUGUUGUCAAGAAAUUUUCAUUUAAAGACUUUCAUAUACAGAACAUUAAAGACAAAAAUGUGAAAAUUGUGAAAAUGACAAUAUUGAAGAGUAUGGAGAGUAUUUCAAAUAAGUAUGACAAUGUUUUCUUGAGACAACUGUAAACGUUUAACUGUCAGUUUGGGUAAAAAAAAAAAUUGGUGAAAAUCGAAUACACUAAACCAGCCGACACAAUGAAUGACGCACAGCGAGCGGCAAUACAGCGUCACCUCAAGCUUCUUGCUGAUGACAUCAUGCUUACAGAGGAGCUUCUGGGCAUCAUGUACCAACGGCGACUAUUCGAGAAACACAUGAUUGAAACCAUCAAGGCUGAGAAAACAAAUACUGACAAGCUGUAUGUGAUGCUGCACAUGCUGCCGAAACGUGGCCCAGAUGCGUUUGACAACUUCAUCGAGAUUCUAAAGCCAAACUACCCCUGGCUGGCAUCCACUUUAGAAACCACUUACAGAGAUGAGAUGACCCUUGUCAGACAGAACUCCAUCAUCAGCAUGUGUACCGCAUGUGGAGGCAAUGGUGGUCUCACAGCUCGCAGUGACACACAGGUGGAUGGUGGGAGACAACAGCCUGAGAUACAGGUGGAUGCAGAUGUAAAGAAGAAAGUUGAAUGUUUCAUCCAUAAGACGUUUGGUCACAGAAAGACAAUUGCACACCAGGACAAGCGUUGCAUGGAGAGAUGGCUGUCAGAGCAGAUACAGACUGAAAGAAAACAGAGAAUGACAAAACCCUCAAAUGUAUCAGAGGAAUCCAAGACCCCAGAGCCCCCUGUCGGUUCAAGCCUGGUGUCAUACGCUGAUCAAAACCACGAAGAACUUAAACGGGUUUAUAACAAAGUCAGGGAAGAAAAUCUAUGUGACAAUAUUAACAUUGAUAAUUCAUACAAAAAGCAGCACACUGACAGUAAUGAGAACAUGAGCAUAGAAAGUGGUAGUGACGAUGUUGAUGCUGGCGUUAAUGCCAACAUUGAUACUAAUAUUGCUGACAUUGGAAUGUUUGCUGAAUUGUUAGGAGAAGAAGUCAACAGAAUGAUAAACAAACUUAACACUCUGGAAGGAAUUAUAACACAAUGUCAUUACAUUCUUGGUGAUUCUGAAAGAAAGAAAAAGCUUACAGAACUUCUGAAAGAAGCACAGUACGACAGAAAGCAUAACGCACAAGAAUUGGCCAAGGAAAAAGCAAAGUCAGAAGAAAUGUUAAAAGAAUUAUAUGACUAUAGCAAAACAAUAAACAAAUAUGAACUUACAAAACAACAACAGAGGCAGGAGAUUGACAAAUUAAAAGAAGAGGUUCAUAAGUUAGAAAGGAGGAAUGCAGUUUUAACAGACAGAUGUGAGACUCUUGAAGCAGCCAACAGGCAGCACAUUGAAAAGGAAAAGACACUGGCAAAUCUUAACAAAAUGAUUGAUGAUCUGAAAGCUACCCAGUCGGCCUCUAACGAUGACAAUAAUUUAAAUCACAGUCCAAUCAGUAUGUCUCGUUACAGGAGAAUGCCUCGGGCUACACAUAGGAAAGGAUCGACUGCUGACUUGAGUAAUCCAGUAACUUCCAGGAAGGUGCCGCCAAAAACUGUGAAUGCAACUAGAAAGAGGACUUAUCUACCUAUCAGCAGAUUUCCUUAAUUGUUCAUAAUAAUAUAUUGACAUGUUGAUGUUAAACAAAAACAAGCACAAUCCAUGAGACAAGGCAUUUAUAUGGCAUUUAUGAUGUGCUUGAAUGACACAUAAACAAAAUAAUAGCAGUCAGCAUUACACUUAUUUAAACCAAUUUUUGACAAAAAUGCAUGGCAUUUUGUCAACAAGUUGUUCAAAAAGCUCUACAUUUGCCAGAGUACACAAGAAAUUAGCUUGUAAAAAAAAUAAUUUAAGCAUUUUUUUGGACUAAACUUUUUUUUUUAUAAACAUUAAAGGCUUACAUGUUUUUAAGUGCUAACUGUUACUAUUUUGCCACUUUACAUAUAAAAACAUUCAACAUAUUCCCAUUAAGUAUUAUGCAGCUGUACAGAUGUAAAUAUAAAUAUGAAAAUUGGAGAUCUUAACUUAAAUAGAUCUGAAAUAUCUGUAAAUAUAAUGUUAACAACUUUGUAAAGAUGUUAUUGCAAUUCUUGCUGUAGCACAUUUUUGCGUUACGUUAAAUAUAUAUUGCUUCUUGCAUAUCGUAUCAUUCCCACACACAUGAUAAUUAAACAGGCAGCAAAUUAAAAAAACAUAUUUUGGCAAUGUUCAUACACAUCUAGGCUUCUCUGUUCAGUUCACAACUUAAUGCCCGAAACAAAAUGAGGCUAACUUAUUUGUGCUUACAUUGUGGCGUUGACAAUUAAAACAGUUUACAUUGUGUACCCCAUUUAUAUUGUUUGUAUUGUUUAAAUUUAAAACCAUUUAAAACCAUCUUUUGUAUUUAGGCAUUGUUAAUCUGUGUCAUCUUGGUUGAUUGUUUGAAUGAGUCUUACCAGUGAUUCUUGUUCAGGCCUUAUUAGAAAAAGUAACUUAUAUAUAUAUAUAUAUAUAAUACAUCUAUCUAUAUGUUAAGAUUUUGUAAACCCCUAUGACUGUAGUAUGUAAAAUAUAUUUGGGAAAAAAAAGAUUAAAGGGAAACAAUGUAUGCAGUAUUUUUAUGAUAUAUGUGAUUCCUUUGUAAAGGUUGUUAAUAAAUAAUGUAUAAUUGUUCUCUCCCAAUGUCCUCAAAGCGCCCAUGUAAAAAUAUAAUUGUAGAUUAACUCUUUCAGUGCGGGAACCGAAUUUUGAAGGCCUUUGCAAACAGUUUGGAUCCAGAUGAGACGCCACAGAAUGUGGCGUCUCAUCAGGAUCCAAACUGUUUGCUAUUCUGAUAGUAUUCUUUGAAAAAAAAUCGAAGAAAAUGCUAAGUUUAGAAAUUCUGCAGACGACAUUUUAGCAGACGACAAAUUUCCCAGCAUGCAAAGGGUUAAAGAGCAUACAAAAAAUAUUUUGUUUCAAAUAAUAAAUAAAUAAUCAAAAUACAAUAUAUUACGAUAAACGGUAUCUGGUGAUUUUCUUUUAAUUGACACAAAUACAACUGCUUAACAUUAAAUGAACCAGUCUAAGAUUUAGGGAAGUUUGUGAUAUUAGUAAGAUAUAAAAAAAAAUUGAUUCAUUAGAAUGUUGUGGAUACUUGCUUGUGUUAAAAAAUACCAUAAAUCUUGCCUAUCAUAUUAAUGACUAAUGUUUUGACGUGUACCAGAAUUUUUAUUUUCAAUACAUUUAUAAUUGUAUUUCACCUUUUUAAAUUUUUAGUUUUAAAAAUCAGCGGAUGAUUAAUAAACAUAAAAAGGUUGUGAAAAUACUUGUUUAUCAUCUACGUUUUGUUUACCAUACACCUGUAUACUAAUUGUGAACAAAUUCCAUAAAUACAAAAUAGUAUUUGUAGUAAAGUUUGUUGAUCAAACUAUUAUAAAUGUGUGCUCAAUUAGUAUUUAUUUUCUUAUUUAUUUCUUAUAUAUGUACAUCAUUUAUUUAAAUCUGUUUUAAAAAUAUAUCAAUUGAAUAUUAAACUGUUACGAACUGGA